AAUCGAAAUACAAUAUUGAUAUCAACAUUUAUUAUUUUCUGUGUGUUUAAUUAUUUACAAGUAAUAUUAUUAUACACAGUAUAUCCAUUACUUACUCUUUAUUAGAAUUAUAGACAUUUCAAUGUUCUAAAUGCUUAAAGAUAUUUAUUUUAAAAUAAUUUGGCAACAUCGGAAACUCAAACAUUCCUGCUAACUACAUAUGACACAUAAUAUUUAAGUUUCAAGGUUUUUUUUCACAAUAUACGUUAGAUGUUUGACACUUUCACCUGAAUCUAGUUUGUUUGUUUUAUUUUAUUAAUUUCACAUAAUCUAAUUUAUAGUAAUAUGUUGAAAAUAUUAAUGUCCUUAAUGAGAUAUACAAUAUUUAAUGAAUCGUUGUUCUUUCUUCUAAUAACAAGUAUUUUAUAAACAUACACUUGGCAACGGUGUUUGAAGUAAAUAAAUUAGGCACCUAUCGAACAGGUGUUUGAGCAUGUUGUAGAAAUAUUGAAGGUUAUAUCAAAAUAUCAAUUCAUUGAUAAAAUAUGCCAUGAUGAUUAAUAAUAUAAUAAUUAGAAUCAUAAAAAAAAUAAUUUUUUUAUCCGUACUGCCAUCUAGGUGUGUUACAACUAAGCUCAAACGAAUUUGUAAUUUAGUGAUCAAUCUUUUUUUUUUAUUUUAAAAUACAAAUUUUUUACAAAAAUAUGCAAUCAGAAUCGGAGAUAUUGUUUUAGGUGGAUGAUACUAUUGAAUAAUUGUUUUUAAUAUAUUCCCAACAUAAACGACAUCUAUUGAUGACUAUAGGAAAGAAAAUUUCAUAUUUUUCUGAGUUACGUACAUUGUAAAAGAGAUCGAUAACAUAGAUUUCUAUGUUAUUAAUGUAUACUUAAUUCUAAGUAAAAAACUAGAUGUCGCAACUAUAACAUGAAUUUGACGUUUAGAAUCUAUACGGAAUAUUUAAUUAAUUACUCUCGAUGAAUCGUGAAACCCUUGUUUGUGUUAAUAAAAUUUUUAUCAUUGUAUUUCAACAAUAAAAUAAAUUAUUUUCAAUCUUAAAGACGUAAUCGAUUAUGUAAUACGUGUUGCCUAACUUCAUUUACAUCAAACAUAUGAGAUUGUUUAAAACGUCAAAUAGCAGAGUUCAGAACCGCGUAUUGAUUUAUUCUCAUUGUGCGCAAAUAAAAACAGAGUUGAAUUAAUAAAUAUUACUAAUUAUCAUUUAAAACUAAGUGAAUAUUCUCUAUAACGCUUGUAAUGUAUAAUUAGUGCUGUAUUAUAAAUGUUUCGAUAGUUGUCAUAACACCUACACUUCCAAUGCUGAAACAAGAUGUUUCCUAAUUAUUCAAACUAUUAUACCUAUACGAGGCACCUGAGAUUCGGAUUGAAAUAUUAAAAUAAGGUAGAUGUGAUUAAUGUUUACAAAUUCAGAAAUGUACUCAUUUUAAAAAAAUGGGUGGACAAGUAAGUCAGGUGUUCCAAUCUGGUAGUGCUCUAUUAACCAAUGGGCACGGACAUAAAGUUACUGAUUCUACAAGGCAGAAAGUGCAGACGAUUUUCGAUGCUUUGAGAGCUAAUCCUAAAAUCGGAGUACAAAGAUUAGAGGGAUUACUACAACAAAUACCAAGGAAUGAAAAUAUAUUAGCAAUUCACGAUGAGACUGGUUAUAAUUUGUUACAAAAGUGCGUUGGUGCUAACAACGUAGAACUUGUUAGAUGGCUACUAGCCAGACAUAGUGCUGCAGACGUCAAUAGGUUCCCUUGUAGCUUACCUCUUCAUAUAGCCUGUUUAAAGGGACACGACGAAUGUGUCGAGCUACUGUUAAAACACGGUGCAAAGUCAGAUGUUGAAAUGCGAAUGUGUUGGCCGGGUCCUCAUAGUAGUAAUUGCGAAGAAAGGGGAAAAUAUUCUUCCGCUGUUCAACAUGAAGAAGCUUGCAUUGAAAGAGACAGUAGGGAAAGAGCACCCGUUAGCAAGCUACAAUCUGCUAUUUAUUACGCUCUAGAUGGUGAUCAAGUUAACAUUCUAACUUUAUUAUCCCAAAGGGGAGAAGAUCCAUGGAAUGGAAUUUUUCGUGCCAGGAAACCUUUGUUGCAUUCUGCUUGUGAAAGGGGCGCUUGGAAAUGUACGGAAUAUCUGAUAAGGGAACGUUCUGAUGAAAUACACGUUUUGAAGGAUGAAUAUUAUCCUAUCCAUUAUGCAGUUUUACAUGAUAGUAAAUUUCUUGAACUCUUAAUCGAUCACGGUGCUGAUACAACAGUUCGUACCUGCACCCAACAGAUGACUCUCCUUCACGUAGUAUUACUAGUGGCUCAUAAAUCAGCCGAAGAUACGAUAGCGACCAUCAGGUUAUUGCUCGACCACGGGUGCAAAGAAUUGAUCAAUACACCUGACAGUCUUGGAAAUACUCCUUUACAUGCUCUUAUAGUGAGAUAUGCAUUAGAAGAAGCCCAAUAUGGUUACGAUAAAUGGAACAAAUGGGAUAUACUACAUCUAGUUAGGUACCUCAUCCAAAACGGUGCUAGACAGUCAAUAAAUCACUCUGGAAAUUCCGCAGUGGCUUGCGUAUUAAGACACGUAAGAGAUUGGGACGUCUGUUAUGAAUUGCUCAAUAUGUUACUCAACGAAGAAGGCGAUCCAAAUAUGGUAGGUAGAGACGGUUCGGUACCGUUAAUGGUUUGUUUGGUACCACUUAUAAAUAAAGAUCCUUUACAUCACUUUACGCAUAAUAUGAAAGUUUGUUAUUUGAAUUGUAUAAAGAUUUUACUGAAACACGGUGCCAAUUCGAAUUGUAGCUACAGGGCUAAUCUGACACCUCUACAUGUUUUAGUUUUCACCGUAUCCGAAAACAUAACAAUAAAUUGCAAUAUACAGAAACGGGGAAAUUUCGAAUUUAUCAAAAAUUUGUUGAUACUUUUGUUAAAUCACAAUUUAGAUCCGAACGUCAGAGUCAGUAGGACCAAGGAACACAUCCUGCAGAGUUGUAUGGAUAUGGUUUUGAAUGUUAGAGAUUGUAUGGAUAUACAUUACGUAUACGAUCUCACCCUUACGCUUAUACAAUUUGGGGCUAACCCAGAUCUGAGUUUGAGUAUGUCGGAAGCUAUAAAAAGUCACCCUCUACACGCUCAAAGCGUAUGGAAAACGAAAAAUUACAUUCUAUAUUAUUACAUAAUGUUGAUAUCUCGCAAAGAAAAUUUAAUCACCGAUCCACAUCUCAGUUUUUCUAAAAUCAUUUGGUUAUUCUAUUGUGUAAUGCAGCACAAGCCUCUAUUCGAGUGCCUCAAGAUACUUCACACUCAACAAUUGAGUUUAGUUCCGGGUAAAACGACCGAACCUCUAACCGCCAUCAUAAGGGAUCUGUAUAAAAGACCACGUACCCUCAAACAGAUCUGUAGGGUAAAAAUACACAAUUGUUUGGACAGAAAACCGGGGCUUUACAUCAACAAACUCAAUUUACCCAAUCAACUCAAAGAUUAUUUAUUAAAUUUCCAAGCAUGAAUCAAUUAUAUGUAUAUAAAGGAAGUCCCAGGUGAAUAUCGUUAACGGUAUAACUUGAAAUUUCAAUAUUCUUUUCCGUUCGGUUAUUGACAUGUAAUCAGUAAGAGAAAUUAGUUCCAAGCAUUAAACACUCGAGACAAUCUCGAAUAUUUUGACAAAUGACAAACGACAAGUGACAGAUUACUACCGUUUUAAACGGUUAAUAAAAAAGAAGUGGAAACGAGAAAAUGUGGUAUCGGAAAAAAAAAAUAA